GUGCUCUUCUCCUUCACGGCGAAGUGACUCACUUCCAUGGAUUCCUCUCUGCUCUCGGCGGCUACGGCCGAUACCUUCAACGGCAAUGCGGCGGAUCAAAUUCCUCCUCCGUUACAGCCUCCGGGAACGGAUAUGACUGGAAUUUCCUUCAGGGAUCAGCUCUGGAUCAAUUCAUACCCUCUUGAUCGUAACUACAUCUUCGAUUACUUCGCUUUGUCUCCUUUCUACGAUACAACUUGCAACAAUGAGAUUCUUCGGAGAAGAUCCAUUCACCCUCUCGAUCUCUCUCACCUCUCGAAGAUGACAGGUCUAGAAUAUAUGUUAACUGAUGCUACUGAACCAAACCUGUUCGUCUUUCGUAAGCAAAAGAGAGAUGGUCCUGAGAAAGUCACACCGAUGCUAACAUAUUAUAUCUUGGAUGGUUCUAUUUACCAAGCUCCUCAGCUUUGUAGUGUCUUCGCAGCUCGAGUUAGUCGGACUAUUUAUAAUAUAUCCAAGGCUUUCACUGAUGCUGCAUCGAAAUUGGAGACCAUUAGACAAGACUUGCAAGUGUGCUUAGUUGCAAUAGUCUUAAGUUUAUCAGUUAACUUAGGAAGCUACUUUUUGUUGAUUUUCAAGCUCAUGGCCAAUGGUGAACAAGUUUAUGGCUUUAACAAGUUCUUGUUUGAUACUGAAAACCAGAACGAACCUGCUGAGUCGAAGCCUGCUAGUGAGACAGUUGAUCUAAAGGAAAUGAAGCGAGUCGAUGUCAUUCUUACCUCAUUAUAUCGCAAGUUAGCGCCACCACCUCCACCCCCACCCUUUCCUGAAGGUUAUGUUAGCCAAGAAGCAUUAGGAGAAAAGGAAGAGCUUGGAACACAGGGAGGAGAGUCACAACCGCCUCAAGUUGAUCCAAUUAUCGAUCAAGGUCCUGCUAAAAGAAUGAAGUUCUAAGCUCAUCAAAAUUGUUUCUUCAUCUAUGCAUGUAUAGAAUUUUUAGGUACUAGCAAAGGCUCUUCUACUUUUUCGCAUUGUUUAAUCUGAACUCCUUACACAAUUGUUGACAUGAUUACUUCUCAUAAAGUUUCGCAUAUGAAAGUCAUCUCACCGC